GACUCAGUCUGUGAAAACCCAGCUAAACUCAUUUUUGUGAUUUACUGUUUUCCACAAAAAUGUGAAGAACAUUAUGUGAAAAUCUAAUCUUGAAAUCUUAAUAUUGACUGAAUAAGGCUAUGUCAUAAAGUGAAAUCAAUUAUUGAAAUCAUUGAUGCCCUAAAUACAUUAUGAGACUUUAGUCUGGAUGUUUCAGACAGAGUGGGGGUAAUAGCUGAAGAACUGUGGAAAAACCCACACUGGGAAAAAUAAAAAUCAUUUGUCAGGAUAUUAAAAGUGACUUGCGUGAAUGUUCAUAAAAUACAUUUCAGAUGAAGAAAAUAAGACUUGUUUACUAUUACCAUAAACUAUUUGUUUGCAAUAACUACUGAUAGAAUUUAUAGUAAAUGUAAUAAAUCCAAAAUUAAUUUGACGCUGCUAUUUUUCUCUCGAACAUCAGGGGGCAGCAAAUUGACCAUCAUUGUGCUUAGCUCACAUUGAUUGUACAUUAAAUUUCAUAUUUAAAAUUAUUGCUUAAGCUACGGUUUAAGGUAAACGCCAAAUAAUCUAAGGGAGUGUAUAUUUUCAAGUAUUACACACAGAAACACAAUUAAUUUAACAUAACCAACUUAUGACGGGCAUCUUAUGAGCUUUAAAAGUUACCAUGACCGACUUUAAUUAAAUCUCACAUUUAGGCUAUAUGUCAACGCCAGACAUAAGGAUAAAUAUGAUGACGAGUGCUGGGAGAUUUUUCUGCCUGAAGUUUAUCGACAGAUAUUUGUUCCGUCGUGUGUAUGUUUGUCUCGGAGGGAUUUCCCGUAUGUUGGAUGUUUAUUCUUGCGGUUCUGCUGUGUUUCUCUGAAGUCUUCAGCCUCUUAAUGCUGCUGCUGGAGAGGCGCUUCCACGUAACGCCCCACCCAUGUCUCCACCUAUCUUUAUUUAAGAUUAGAGACACCUUCUGCUGGCAUGUCUUUUAUACAGGGUCGGGUUUGAAAGUGAGGUUAAACUGUCUGCGUUUAUAAAGACAUGAACUUAGAUGGGGACUGCAGCAUGUCAGUCAGUUGUGGGAAUGGCAAACUUAGACAAUGGCUCAUCGAUCAGAUUGAUAGCGGGGAGUAUCCCGGUUUGGUUUGGGAAAAUGAUGAGAAAACCAUUUUCAGAAUCCCCUGGAAACACGCGGGGAAACAGGACUACAACCGCGAUGAGGACGCUGCGCUCUUCAAGGCUUGGGCCCUGUUCAAAGGAAAAUACAGAGAAGGUUUGGACAAGCCAGACCCUCCAACAUGGAAGACGAGACUGCGCUGUGCCCUUAACAAAAGUAAUGACUUUGAUGAACUGGUGGAGCGAAGCCAGCUGGACAUCUCUGAUCCUUACAAGGUCUACAGAAUAAUUCCAGAGGGUGCAAAGAGAGGAUCUAAGGCCAGUAGUAUGGACGACAGUACGCCACAUGUGACCCCUAUUAGUUAUUCCAUGCAUUCGUCUUAUCCGCCUCUACAGCCUCAGAUGCCAGGAUAUAUGCUUCCCCAGGAGAGACGUGAUUGGAGGGAAUAUAGCGCUGACCAAUCUCAUCCCCAAGCACCUCAUGCUGAGCUACCAUACGGACAAUGUCCGUACCCACCAACACGUUCCUUAUCGUGGCACCCAGCACCCUGUGACAAUGGUUACCAGUUUUCUGGAUCCUUCUACACAUACUCACCUACAGAAACUCAUCCUGUGGCGGUGGACCCAAAUAUGAGAUCUGCUGAAGCCAUGGCCAUUUCGGACUGUCGGCUACACGUCUCGCUCUACUACCGUGAGUCUCUUGUUAAGGAAGUGACCACCAGCAGUCCUGAGGGUUGUCGAAUAUCCUCUUCUCCCGCCUCUGGAUCCCCUGCAUCCCCCUCAUCUCCGUGCCCUGAGGAGAGACUCUAUGGAGGGGCAGAGCCUGUGCUCUUUCCCUUUCCUUACCCCCAGUCCCAGCGCCGUGGGGCUGAGAAGCUACCCAAUAUCUUGGAGCGUGGCGUUUUGCUGUGGUUGGCACCGGACGGGCUAUAUGCCAAGCGACUUUGCCAAGGGAGGGUAUACUGGGAAGGUCCGCUGGCUCCGUAUUCAGACAAGCCGAACAAACUGGAGAAAGAGCAGACCUGUAAACUGAUGGACACCCAACAGUUUCUCUCAGAAUUGCAAGGUUUCAUUCACCAUGGCCGCCCCAUGCCACGCUCUCAGGUGGUGUUGUGUUUCGGGGACGAGUACCCAGACCCCCAGCGGCAGAGCAAAAUGAUCACAGCUCAGGUGGAGCCCAUGUUUGCAAGACAGCUCCUGUAUUUUGCAGGCCAGACCAAUGGUCACUACCUGCGGGGAUAUGAGCUCCAGAGUCAAGGUGCUUUACCGGUAGAAGACUACCAGAGAAGUCUCCAACACUUGCAAGAGUAAGCUUACAAUAAUAACUCCUGAGAUAUUCCCCCGAGAGUCCUAACCCAGCAGCGCAUAUCUCCUCUGCACAAAACCUCUCGGUCAACAAAUCCAAAAUGGACGACCAUUAGUAUGCCAGUGAAGACCAGACAUUGAAUUGCCUUAGACUGACCAAGUGUCCACUUUAACAUUGUAGAAGCUACUAAUGUGCUAGAAAAUCCUAAACAUGUUGUGAAAGGAAAUCCAGCACUUCAAACAAACAACAUUGAAGCCAUAUUAGCUAGUUGUUUGUCAAGUGAACUAUGUUUGGAUAAACUAUGCCCUUCAUAAGUCUGAGAAAACUUUGAUGUUUGAUUAUUAUUGUUAUUAUUUUAAAUAAUUGUUCAUACUAACGAAUAAUUUUUUUCAGAUUUUGGAAAAAUAUAUUAAAACAAAGAAAACUGAAUGAUGUAUUUGCUAAAUAGAUUUCAUAAGUAAGAUAUUUCAUACAUGGUCCCUGAGUUUUGUACCGUGCCACAUGUUUCAUCUGGACAUUUAAAUAAGAAGCUUCCAAAAAUAACACCUACUAUGCAAUUAUUCAAACAAAAACAAAAUGUGGAUAAAAUGUUUUUGAUAAAUGUUAUGUAUAUUUUUAUAGUUUAUCUUUUGCUAUGUGCUAUGUAUUUCUGAUGAGCUAACAGAAUUGACUAUAUUUUCAUUGUUUUUAACUCGGCUAUGUGACUAUUUAUACUGCGUGCAUGUAGAUAUCUAUAUGCAGAGCCGAAUGUACUGUAUAGGUGUAUAGAUAUUUUGAAUGUAAUCUAAUUAUGUCUUUGCAUGGCAUCUGGCAAGAAAUUUUAUAAUGCAAAAUACUAAGAAACAGUUUAUGGUUGUGUGUGUGUGUGUGUGUGUGUGUGCGUGCGUGCGUGCGUGCGUGUGCGUGCGCGUGUGUGUGUUUUUGCACGUGAGCACUGGUGUUAUGUCGAGUGGUGUUUGAAUUACUGCCCACAAAAACUGUGAUGAUGUUGUCAGAUGUACUGUAUGAAUGAAGUACUUUAGAGUGGGUGAUCUAUUAUUUUUCUUUUUGUACAUUGCUGUUACUGUUGAUUCUAACUUCUUUUUCAAGUCUGGAUGUUUUUUCUAAGUCAAAUAAAGAUUCUUAUUCUUUUACCUAA